AUGUCUCUGCGCGGGCCCAUGAAGCGCUCCCACCUGAGACAGGUGAGCGCGCCCAGUGUAGACGAUCUCGCGACCUCCUCCCAGGCGCAGGCACAGUCCCACCCACGGGACGGCGGCCCGUACAACGACGAGCAUGGCCAGGAUUUCCAGUCCACGCUGGACGCCCGCAACAUCCGGCUUUCGACCACCAGCCUGGAGCGACGCCAGGUCUCGCUCUGGGUGCACGAUGAGACCUUUUCGCGCGAGGAGAUCCUCUUCAACCAGGCCGCGUUCAGCGACCUCGGCGUGGGCCCCGGCGACGUGAUCGAGAUCCUGCCCGUGCGCUCGCCCGGCGACUCCCUCCACAGCAUCAAGUCGGAUCUGGGCCUGCGCGCGCUGCGCGACAGCUAUGUAGAAACGGGACCCGCGCUGCUGCCGGACCCCAUGUCCAAGUUCAAGACCCCGCUGCAGAGCCGCUGUCUGUUCGUCGUCAAGCCGCUGCCGCAGGAGAUCAAGGCGCGCCAUCCCAAGCUGGAGAUCUCCGUGACGAGUAGCGUCGCGAAUAUCUUCGGCUUUAAGAACCGGACGCUGGUGCAUAUCGAUGUCGUGGACCGCGCGCAGUGCUCGGCUUCGCAUGUGGAUAUUGCCUUUCGGGAUCAGUUCCUCGUGCGCUCCGAUAUGUGGCGGCUGGUUAUGUCCGAGCUGGCGGAGAAGAUCAUCUACAAGGGCCAGAAGAUCGUCUUCAUGGGCAGUAUCAAGGCGACUGUGAAGAAUAUCUUCAUCCGUGAGAAGAAGGUCCUGUCGGGCUACUUCUCCCCGCAUACCAUCCCCGUCUUCCGUAGCGAGUCGGCAAAGUAUGUUUUGUUCAUCCAGAUGUCGCGGGAGAUGUGGGAUUUCGACUCCGAGGGGACGGGCGAUAUCCUCUUCAGCCGAGUCAUUAAUGGAUUUCUGCCGGAGCUCUUCAAGCGCUGGGCGAAUUCCGAGGCGAAACACCUCGUGACGAUCGUGCUGUUUACGCGUGUUGAAUACGAUGUCUCCGCGAUUGGGGCGCCGUUGCCCCUGAGCUCGGAGACGCUGAGGUGUAUCUCGAGCCCCAAUCAUGUGCCCACCAGGGACUUUUAUCGAGUAGUGGUCAAUGACAUGGCGAGCGGCCACUGGACCGCCAUUCUGGAUGAGCUGAAGAAGGAUUUCAGGACCUUCCUUCGGGAUGUCUCGACCCUCAAGAUGGACUGUGCGGAUACGCCUACGCUGGAUGGAGUCAAGGUGGCGCCCAAGAAUAAAGCUGCGACGAUUGCCGGCCGGCCAAGCACGGCGCUCCGCGGGAACAUCCUCGAAGCGAUUCACCUCGCUUCGGCUCAUCUGGCAUACGACCACAUCGAUCGCGACAUGGUGCAUACGGGUACUUCCAUCAUUGUCAUCACACCGGGCAGCGGCGUCUUCGAAGUGUCCUAUGAAUCAUUGUCAUCGACCUCAGAGGCACUGGCAAACCGUGGCAUCGCUAUCGAUUUGGUCUGCCUGAGUCCCAUGCCCCUUCAUUCUGUGCCCUUGUUCAAAUACAAGGCGCCGGCUCAGCGAUCCUCUAGCUCCUCGUUUUGCGAAUUCAACAGUAGCGGCUACUCCCCCGAGAUGCGUCAUUCAUUCAGCUUUGCGAGUCGGACGCCCCAUCUGUCUCCAAAGUCGGCUGCUCAUGGUUCAUUUUCUAGAGGAACGGCCCAUAAGGAGCAUGCGGCUUCGCGCUCGGACGAGUGGAACUACGGUAUCCCCCAUUGGCUUGAUAUCUCGUAUUGGAAUCCAGAUACCUAUAGGGAAGCCCGACGGAUCCUGAAGAAGGACCUCAAUGCGCCGAUCCCCUUCACCGUUACUAAACAAUCAAAAACGUUUGUGCCGCGAGUGCGGAUGUACGAGAUCCAGAUGAUGGGGGUGAUGGAGAGCGAGCAGUCCAACAUCUCGAUCCCCUACCUGCUCGAAGGCGAAGGCAUUCACAGGGCACCCAGUCUCAGCCUCGGGCUGAGUCCCAGCGCACUCUCGUCUACCAGAGCGUCAUACAGACGCAAUCCUUACAAACUUCCAUUGAGCGACAGCCUUCGCCCGGAACCGUUCCUCCAGGGAUUAAGCAAUCCAAAAGACGUGAUGCUUGCCAGAUCGAAGAAAGCCCCAAAGGCGGUUCUUGCGUGGAUGGAGCAAUAUGACGACGCAGUGUUCCAGCCCUUUGCGAAGCGGCGGCAUCAACGCAAACCUUCCAAACCCAAGCGGCUCAGCGAGCCUGAUGUGCAGGUGUCGGGUGCACACGAGCGCCUGUCCGCUCGUUCGGUAUUGCGUCUCAGGGAACAUGAAACCAACGCUAACUCAAGCGAACGCCCUUAUCCCACCAGGACGAUUCCCCGAGUAGCCGAGACGUCACUGUCAGCCCCCCAAACUCCCGUGCCAUCCAAAAGCGCCUCCCCCAAGAAGCCUGCCUUGAAACCCCCGUCCGCGGGAAAGGCACCGCGGAUAUCUCGAACGAUCAGCUUCGCCCUCCGUGGCUUGAGCGCCACGCCGCCCAGGGCCCUGGCAAGCACCGAGGUCAAUGUAGAACAUGCGAGUGCAUUGCCCACCUCAAGCCCAAAACUGCUGCCUGGCCCAUUUCCGGAUACCAGGAGCGUGGAUUCCUUCAGCGGCUCGGAUUCUGCAUCCAUCUCCACCGUGAUCGAUACUUCACUGAGACCAGCUUCGCCUCACAAGACCCCGCAGAGCCGGGCCAUCAUGCCGUCGCGACCCAUAUCCAUCAAGGUGCCUCCGCGACAGCCCUCGGAGGAUGCAGAGCCGGGCGAUCGAGCCGUAAUCCCGGAGUCAUACUCGACCACGAGUACUGCGAUACCAUUCAACGAACAUCAUCGCCGUGACAGCCAUACCCGAACCUCAGGGCCUCGAUUCGAAAUGACAGUGAACGGCGGAUCGCGCGAUUCGUCAAUAAAAAGCCCGCAGAAUAAAGCCUUGGCACCCUGGGUUCGCUCCAUCAACCCGUGCAACACGUCAAGGGAGGUGCUGCGAGACACGAGCUGGUUUGGGCGCUGGCAGCAUGCCUACCCGCGGCCGCCUCACGUCGCCGUGGUGAAAUGGAAGAGCUUGAAAUCCCCUGCGAUCUUGCCCUUGACCACAGAGGAAUUUCCAACCGCCAAGGAGCUGGGGACUGAUUAUCUGCAGACACCGUAUCGGGUCUUCCCGAAUGACGAUCCGGAAGGGUUCGAAGUACCGAAGACAAGAGGAAUUCUGCUGCGGGAGAUGAUCUCACUGCGCCUGUCGCACGGGUUUCAAAUUGUCAUCGGGAAGCAUGUCGCCGAGGUGUCUGGGCAACAUGCAUUGGAAACCUUGAAUGUCUUCAAUACCGCGAGCUUAGAACGGAACGGUGCCACUAUCUUUCUUUCCAAGGGCAACUCUAUCCACCGGCUUGUCUGUGUGGAUGGCGGAGAAAUCGAGGUCACGCGUUUCACACACAGGACCUCUUCUGCUUUAGCAGCCGGGAGACGGGAUGGCUUUUCCCUCUACUCGCCAGCGAUGCGGACAAUCCUGAGCCCCGAGUACGAGCUCAAGAACAUCAAGCUGGACCCAACUGCGGAGGAAUAUAACUGGAACUACGCAGACAACUACGUUGCCGGACACCGCGACUACCUGUUCAACCCGGCGCAGCAGCUGCAGUUCUGGCGCGUGCGAUAUGUGCUCAUACCGAUGCAUCUGCAUGUGAACACCCGCCGCCACCUGCAGUCCUUCAACGAGGACAACGAGGAAGAAAUCCACCUGCUGGGCAUCAACCAGCUGACGCAUAUCUGGCAACGGCACAAGUACAUCCCGCCUGAGGAGAAGAGGUUCGAGUCUUCGAACAAGAAGAAGGAGCAGAACCCUCUGAACAUCAUGUACCAGACUCGGAACCCGUCCGAGGUGGUAGCGGCCGAGCUGGACCGGAUCUUGCUUUCCGACCCGGGCUUGGACAGUUCGCCUGCGCAGCUGCUACCGGAAUCCGAGCUCCUAAAGCGAUCGAGUAUUAGUCUAUCGUCACUGGCACAUAUCAUCCAAGGGGACAAGGGCGUGCGGAUGAUGGAUCGACGGUGGCAUUGGCGGCUGCAUUAUAACUGCUUCAUCGGGUUUGAGCUUACGACCUGGCUUCUGCAGAAUUUCCGCGACAUUGACAGCCGCGAGGAAGCGGUGGAUUUUGGUAACGAGCUGAUGAAACACGGUCUCUUUCAGCAUGUGGAGAAGAGGCACAACUUCCGUGACGGAAACUACUUCUACCAGAUCUCGAGCGAGCAUCGAAUCUCGCGACCUGAAUCCCGAGGUGGCUGGUUCCCUCAGAAGCGAUCGGACAAGGGUGUCCCCUCCACACCAGCGAGCAACAACGCCAAGGACUCGCCCCUAAGCGGCCAUGCCCGGUCCGACAGUCUCGAGGAUGGGCCUCCCCACACCCCUGCCACUCCAUCCAAGUCCAAGAAUAAAGCUACGAUCAUGUUGUCGAAGAUGAUGAAAUACGAUGUGGAUCCUCGCAAGCGAUCUAACCGACCGGAAGUCAUCGAUCUACACUACGACCGGCUGCAUAACCCGGACAAUUGCUUCCACUUUGAGCUCAGUUGGAUGAACACCACCCCGAAGCUGAUUGAGGAUACCGUGUUGUCGUGGGCAGCUACGGCCGAGAAGUUCGGACUCAAGCUCGUUCAGGUCCCCAUCGCGGAAGCCAGCGCAAUCAGCCGAACGCAGCCCUUCCGCAAACCGUACCGGGUGUCUCUGAAGAUCCCGCCUCCCAAGGGGCCGGUCCCCACGCUGUUCAACACCGCUUCUUUCUCGCAGCCGGGCUUCACGGACAUGCACUACUACCAUAAGGCCAUGCUGCGAAAAUUCGACUUUGUCCUAGAUUUUGAGGCGAGAUCCGCUUUCCCUGCGGAUGUCGGGGUGUCGUACUCCUGGGGUACCCCGGACUAUCAGUAUCCGCAGUACAUCCACCGCUCCGGCAGCACGUUGGUGCAGCUCACCGACGAAGGCGAUUUUCUGUUCCUCGCCAACCGGCUGGUCAGUACGCGAGCUGCCGCAAGCCGGGAGAUGCCGCGAUAUGAGCGGAUGGACCGGGCAGAGCACCUGCGCACACGUGCAGCGACUCACGACCCCUUGGACCGUCUCUCCCCGCGGCUGUCGCCGAUCGUGCGGCCCCUCCACGAGAUCGGCAGCCCGCAGGUACAGUCGAGCAUUGACUCGGCGCAUCUCUACCGUGCCCCCGAGCUGAUCAUCUUGGGGUUUGCGGAAUUCUGCAACGACGAAGGGCGACUCGAGCAGUUCUACAAGGAAUCGCACGCGCGCCCGGUCUCGACCAAGGUCGGGCCUGCGACGACCACGCUGAUGGACUCAUCGAUUCCGUCCCUGGAGCUGCCUGCGAGCGUGGUCAGCCAUCAUCUCUCCCAUCCGCCCGCGUUAGUAGCGAGGGCGUCGGUCGAUGGGUCCAUCUCAUCGAUCGACGUGAGGGUUCGGGCGAGGAAUGACAGCGUGAGCUACAAGGGAAGCCCGAGAAGUGGCAGUCUGCGGCCGCUGAAUUUGAGCUGA